AAGUUUUUGUGUUACAGCUUGUAUGUACAGACAGAAUAGAGGACUCUUUUCCCCAAAAAAGAUUGUGAAAUGGAUUUAGAAGAGAAUUUUUUCAUGACAUCUGUACAUAUGUAAAUGGUUUCUAUGGAGCAAAAGGUGUAUCUGGUGCAAUACCAAUGGCCUACACAUAUAUUGCCAAAACUUUCUUUUCUAAAGUUUUGAACUUUGGACAGCAGAAUAGAAUAGAGCUUCGUGAAUAUGAAAGAUCUGAUUGGACAUUUCAUGUAAAAGGAUUAUGGUAUUACAAGCCGAAAGAAAAUUUACCUUCCGUAACUUUCAUUGGUUCUCCUAAUUUUGGCUAUAGAUCUGUAUACAAAGAUCUUGAAGCUCAAGUAGCAAUAGUAACAGAAAAUAAGGAUUUACAAAUGCAGCUACAUGAAGAACAAAAAAGGCUCUAUGACAGAACAACAGUUAUUGAUAAGUCUUUAUUUGAAAGGCCUGAUCGUAAAGUUUCAUUGUGGGUGAAACUUGUAACAUUUUUCAUUCGAGACUUUUUUUGACAUAUCUUAUUUAUUACAACUUAUUUCGUACAUUCAUUUACAUUUUCAUUGAAAUUAUUCAUUGUUAAUAAUUUCCUGAUAAAAAUAUAUAAAUCAUUUGCUCAGCCUUAAUUUUAUUGUAUUUUUCUUUUAAAAAAUGAAAGGUUUGUUUUUUGUUGUAAUGUGUUUUUAAUAUUACAUGAUGUACCAUUAAUAAGUACAAUUUAAAAAUACCGUAACAAAUUUAAUUGGAAAUCAAACUCCAUGGAUUAAAAUUACAUACAUCUGCAGUCAAAUUCCAUUAAUUUGCUCAUUUGCAUCGAACAGGUUGCUGAAAUAAAAUGCAAUUCUAAAUUCUAGAUUUUGUGUAUAAAACGUUUCCUGUUCCAGAUUUCUCUCAAGUGAAAUAGUUUAGUACAAAAUAAACAGGAAACUUAUCUGCAUGGCAAUUUCCCCCCCCCCAAAAGAUAUCUUCAAAUGCUUCUCCCACAUGUUAAAAAAAAUUUACUCAGAGAACAUUUUGGUAGUGCUGCAUUAUUUUUAUUAUAAAGAUAUUUGAAACUUUUUUAAUUUCACUUUUACAAGUUACAUUUGUUUUAAAAAUUUAAAGUGUGAUUCAAACUAUAAUUAAUAUUCAACAUUUCCUGUGGAGAUAAUCAUUGGUUAAUGACACAAAGCCAGCAAAAUGUGACUUUGGGAUGGUGCUGAAAGCAUAAUGCAACACAAAUAAAUACAUUAGUAGUAAUACAGAUUCUGUAAUCCUCAUUUAUGAUUUUAUAUAGUGAUAAAUUGUAUCUAUUGCAUAGCAAAUUACUAUAAUCCUCAGUUAUAUAGAAUACACUGUGUAACUGUCAAAAAUGACUAUGUAGCUAUUAACUAACAUGAUUAUGAAUCUGGCAUAUUCCCCAUUUUAAUCAAAUAGCAAGUUUUGUAUAAAAGUUAUCCAUUUUAAAUGCAUGCAGAAUGAUGGACGUUAAGAAUAGGUACAAAAAUGCUCGAAGGCAUUUUUAUUCUUUUAUAUUUUAUGAUACUAUAUUGAAGACUCCUUUCACAUUUUGCUGAUAAAUUUAUGAGUGCUGGAAAAAAAAUGUGCUAUUAUAUUUGGUUGAAGUUUUAGGACUUUAACCAAAUGACAUGAAAUGUCAAAUUUUUUAUUUCAUAAUUUAGUAUGUUCAUGUAUUUAUUGAUGUAUUGUAUAUUUAAUAUUAUUGCUUAUGUAUUUAUUACAAAUGUAAAUUUUUAUUGCAUUUGUACAAUGUGCUUCCUCAUAUAUGUAAAUAAAUUCAUCACACAAGUUAUGUUUGCUUGAGUAACUUACGAUCACAUUUUAAGCCCCAAACCCUAAAUGUUUCGUUAUCUGCAUUUACCACCUUAUGUGGUAAUUUAUGGCAGGACUUGCAUCUUAUUUGCAAAACUUAGACAAUCUACUCAUAGCUAUAGCCACAAAGCACUGUAGUUCACUCAAAAUUAAAUCCUCCUGUAGUUGUGACGAAGAGUUGGCUUCUGUCAAAUACGUCAUGUAUUACUACUCAUGCCUUAAUAUUAAUCUUUCUUCUAAUUUUUCAAAUGUUUUUUCCCCCUGUUUUGGCAACUUAUGUGUAACAAAAUCAUCAUCUUGUAAAUAAAAUGUCAUGAAAACUUAGCAUGGCAUUUAAAUUCUG